AUGUCCACCCCUUCAGUCAACCGCCUCUUUCAACACACCMUCCGCAACAUCAGCAAAGCGACCUUCAAACCCUCGCAAACUCGUCAAAUCCAAUCCACAACGCGACGAUGUGGCCCACCACGCACCCUCGCACAGGUCCAACCCCGCUGGCUAUCAACAUCAAGACCAACCCGCGCUGGACUGAUGCCCGAGACGGACGAUCCACAACCGCCAAAGGAGAAAUCCGCAGAGCCCAUUCCUAGGCAGCCUACUGAACUCACCGAUGAGGAAUACCAUGAAGUCGCGGACGAGUAUAUGGAAUUGGUCCACGAGAAAGCGGAGCUGAUUCAGGAGGGACGGGAAGAUGUCGAAGUGGAGUAUAGUGCCGGCGUGCUGUCAAUAACGUUCCCACCCACCGGCACCUAUGUCAUCAACAAACAGCCUCCCAACAAGCAAAUCUGGCUGUCGUCGCCACUCUCGGGUCCGAAACGAUAUGAUUGGGUGGUUGAAGGCGAGAGUAUGCAUGAGAAAGAAGGCGGUGGCACUGGCGAGUGGGUCUAUCUGCGUGACGGUACCAAUCUUACGGAAUUGCUGGGCAAGGAGUUGGGUAUUCAUGUGUAUGCGCAGGAGGGUGAGGCUGCGAAGCCGACAUUGGAUCCAAAGGAGUAG